UGUGGUAACUGUCAAAUCACAAGUGAACUAAAUUUUUGCACAUUGUUAAAAUUUAUUUAUGAAAUGCUAAGAAAGUAGAAUUAAGUCCCUAAAAUUUAUGCAAACUGCAUUAAGCGACAGGCAUGGCAGCGGGUCGGCGCGGAGGGCGCGGCAGGUGAGGAGCGGCGCGGGGCCAUGGCGGAGCCCGAGCCCGCGCCCGCCGGCCUCGCCGACGCUGUGCUGCUGGCGCCCCUCACCGAGGACUCCUUCCUGCACAACCUGCAUGUGCGCUACAAACGGGACAUCAUCUAUACAUACGUGGGCAACGCGCUGGUGUCGGUGAACCCGUGCCGCGCGCUGCCGCUCUACUCCGCGGAGCUGGUACGCACCUACCUCGCUCGCCCGCCCUACCUCCUGCCGCCGCAUCUAUAUGCCAUAACCGCCACUGCCUACCGCUGGGUUCGUGAUAGAAACGAAAAUCAAUGUAUAGUCAUAACAGGUGAGAGUGGUGCGGGUAAGACGGAAGCGGCACGGGUGUGCCUGCAAUGUGCCGUGGUAGCGGGUGGUGGUGGGGGCGGAGCCCUGGCGGCCGCUGGGACUCUACUCGAGGCCUUUGGCAACGCCGCCACCGCGAGGAAUCAUAACGCGAGCAGAUUCGGGAAACUGCUAGACAUUGAGUUUGAUUUUAAAGGAGAGCCUGUGGGAGGUCAUAUCACUCACUAUCUAUUGGAGAAGGAGCGCGUGUGUUGUGUAGCGGAGGGUGAGAGAAACUUUCAUGUGCUGUAUCAGUUGCUGGCCGGCGCAGACGCACAUUUACUUAAGCGGUUAAAGCUGCAGCGUUCAUGGGAGCAAUACCGCGUGCUGCGCGGCGGGGCGACGUGCGCGGAGGGCGGGUGCGCGGGCGCAGGCGCGGGCGCGGGCGGGGCGUCGUGCGCGGGGUGCGCGGCGUGCGCGGGUAGCUCUGUGGCGGCGGGCGGCAGCGCCUCCCCGCGCCGCGCGCCCCCGCAGCCGCCGCCCGGGCCUCGAGCGCCACAAGCUGAUCGAGACCACUUCGCGUUUACUAAGGCCGCGAUGGGAGCGCUGGGGUUCAGCGCGGCGCAGUGCGGCGCCGUGCUGCGAGUGUUGGCGUUCCUGCUGAAGCUGGGCAACGUGCAGUUCGAGCCGCAGCAUAACAUCGACGGCUCUAUCGGCACGAGGUUGCAGCAUGAGUACGAGCUCCGCGAGGCGUGCGCGCUCGUGGGUGUGGAGGCGGACGCGCUGGUGCUAGCGUUGGGCGCGGCGCCGCCACACGACGACGUGCCACCCGAAGAGUCGUGUUCGGUGGAAGAGGAGUGCAGUUCGGAGGCUGGGUCGGAGAACAAUGGAGGCGCGGGCGCGGAGUGGGCGCGCGCACUCAGAGAUCGGUUACUUUGCGCACUGUAUUCCAGAUUGUUUACAUGGCUUGUUAACGCGGUUAAUGAUGCUCUUAAGCCGGCACUGGUCGGAGCGCGUCGUUCGCUAAGUAUACUAGACGUGUACGGUUUGGAAUCAUUGGCUCACAACGGGCUCGAAAGGCUGCUCAUCAACUACGCGGCAGAGAGGGUGCAGGCAGCCGUGACCGCGGCCACUAUGCGCCGGGAGCAAGAGGAAUACGCGCGCGAGGCGCUCGCGUGGGCGCCUUUACCAUACGCCGACCAUGAGCUGUACGCCGACUUGCUCGAUGCGGGCCCGGAGAGUGUUCUCGGCAUGUUGCGUGAAUGCUCGUCACGCGGCGUGAGCGAUGCGAUAUUCCUGCAAAGGCUGCAGCGGCGACGACAUCCACGACUGUUGGUGCUGCCGCCCGAUCGUUUUCAGGUAGUGCAUUUCGGUGGGCCGGUGGUGUACAGCGCGCGCGGUAUCGUCGCCAAGAACCGUGACGCGGUGUGUCGCCGCUGUGCCGCAGUGUUGGCCGCGGCGCGGGAACCGCUGCUCGCUGCGUUGUUCGCGCCUGGGGCGGGGGCUUUCAUUGGCAGCAGUGGGUCGCCGCGUCGGCCGUGCGCGUUGGCGUGCCGCCAGCGGGCGUUGGUCGGUGCGUUGGUGCGCAGGCUGCCCAAUUCGCCGCGGCUCGUGAGGUGUUUGCGCGCCGACGCCGCUCUAAGACCGCACCGAUUCGACUCCACCUUGUUGAGGCAUCAGAUACGCACGCAGGGGAUAAUGGACAUGGCGUUGCUACGUCGCGCGGGGUGGUGCGAAUCGAUGUGCGCACGCGCAGUGCUGUCCCGCUACGGGGUGCUGAGAGCGCGUGCCACACCCGCGCCGCCCCCGGGCGCGCCCGCCUCGCCCGUGCUGGACGCGCGCGACGACGCCGUGCGCGCCGCGCGAGCCUUGCUGCGCAGUCUACCCAUCCCCAGCGCGGAGUUCGCGUACGGCCGCACCAAAGUGUUCAUCCGUAGCCCUAGGACGGUGUGGGAAUUAGAAGCAUUACGUGCGACACGAGUAGAAAAAUUAGUGAGAGGAGCGCAGCGAGCGUGGAGACGAUAUCGCGCGCGCAAGAGACUCGCGGCCGCCGCCAAAAUAGUCGCCGCCUGGAGACGGUACCGGAAAAAGCAUGCGGCAAUAGAGAGGAGAACUGUGAAACGGUUAUCACAUCGAAAUCUACACACGGAGCCAGAAGCGUGCGGGAGCGCAGAGAAAAGCGAAAAAAGUGCACGAGAAAGAGCAGCGUGCGUGAUAUGGCGAGCGUGGACAACGUACGCGAAGAGGUCAUACCUGCUGGGUCUGUGGGCACGUCUGCCUGCUAGACACCGGUCGCCCGCGUGCGUGGCGUGGCCGCCGUGCCCGCGGCCGCGGCUGCUGGCGCGCACGGACGCGCUGCUGCGGAGGCUGCACCACAAGUGGCGCUGCGCGGUGUAUCGGCGGGCGUUCGAUCAGACUGCCAGGAAUCGGAUGCGGGAGAAAGUCACUGCCAGUGUCUUGUUUAAGGAUCGCAAGGUGACGUACGCGCGCAGCGUAGGACACCCGUUCGUGGGCGACUACGUGCGGCUGCGCGCGUCGGCGGCGUGGCGGCGCGGCCUGGGCGCGCAGGCGGCGGACCGAUACGUGGUCUUUGCUGACGUCGUGGGCAAGGUGGCACGGUCGAGCGGGCGCGUGUCGCGCUGCUUGGCCGUGGUGUCGACGAGCGCGUUGCUGCUGCUGGAGGCGCGCUCGCUGCGGCUGAAGCGCCGCGUGCCCGCGCACACCGUCUACCGCCUGUCGCUGUCGCCCUACGCCGACGACUUGCUGGUCGUGCACGUGCGAGCGUGUGGCGGGGUAGAGAGCUCGACAGAGGAGCUGUCGCAGUGCUCGUCGCGGGAGCCGCUGGACGCGCCGGGCUGCCUGUUCGGCGGCGAGGGCGCGUGGCGGCGGCGCGGCGACCUGCUGCUGCGCACGUGCCACGUGCUCGAGCUGGCCACCAAGUUGUUCCUCGUCGUGCAGAACGCCGUGGGCGCGCCGCCACAUGUCAACAUCUCCACCGAGUUCGAGGCGAACUUCGGGCAGCAGAUGGUGACGGUGUCGUUUCACGCGGUGGGCGGCGCGCCGCUGGGCGACGGCGGCGCGCGUCUGCUGCGGCGCGGCAGCCGCAUGGACGUGCUGCUCUAGCGCCGCACCGCUCCACUCCAUUCCACUCCAGCUGUAUAGCGAUUUGGUGCUCAUUGACUACUGUGUAAACAAAAAAAGGCUUCUCUAUUUAAUACUCAUCCAAUAUCUUAAUCAAGAAACUCUAAACUAAAAGCAUUUAUUCAAAAUGGUUAUAAACGUGCGCGAGGAACACGGGUUACAACGUGUAACGGUUUUGCGACAGGUUUAAUCUAAAAAAAAAAAACUAAUGACAAAACAAUUAAUUAUAAUGAUAAUAUAUUACUCGCCGUUUUAACAUUGUGUCAAAUGUCAAAAGUAUGAUUUUAGUCCUUAUUUUAAAGACGAACCGUAGUUUUGACAUGAGUUUUAUAGGGACUCAUUUUGUAGGGACUAUAAUAUUUCACUGGAGCGCGAUUUCUAUUGAAGGUAAACAUUAAUCGUUCCGAGUCUCCGAGGGAGUCUGGAAGCCUUAUCGCUUCAAAGAGAUAAGGCUACCAAAUUGUACUACUAUUUUUGUUGUGUAAUAUUUCUUUUGAUGAUGGUGUACAAUAAAGCAUAUUU